CGGCACGUCUUCAUUCCGUUAUCACUCACCCCGCGAGUUACACCGACGGAGUUUGACAUUGCUGCGGGUGCCUCCGAGUGUUGAAACUUUAUAAUAUAACUCUGCGUGUGUGCUAGUGUCAGUGUCAGUGUUAGUGUGUGUGACGGGUGUUCAACGAUUAGUGUUCAACAUUAUUGACGUGUGCGAUAUAAGUAAACAUCAAAGGACUUUGGAAGUUUCUCACAAUUUAAAACUAGGUGAUCCGGUUGAUGCGCGAAGGAAGGGGACGACCAAUCGGAGCCGGCUAUGUCAUCUGAGGAGGACGGCGGCAACGGUGCUACGACGGCGGUGGCGGGGGGACCCGAGUGUUUCGUCGGUGGGGAUUUGGACGGUGCGGCCGACAAACUGUUGAAGAACAAGUCAAAACGCAGCAGACAGCGCGUGGAUGCCGGCGAGCCGCGUAACAGUUACUCGUCCAUACCGAAUUUCAGUUCGCGACCCAUCGUGUCUUCGGCGCCACUACUGAAUCAGGCCGCCAGCUUCUACGGCGCGUUCUUUGGCCAAGGCCAUCAACAGUAUUUCUUCAACCAGGGCUUCGGGCCCGGAAAAAUGCUAAACGAGUUCAUCGGCCGUCAAGUCAAAGAAGAUAUGAUGACCAUGGACUCCGCCGACUGUAUGGCCCAGCCGCUGCCGGGUCUGCCUAAUUCACCGGCGCCCAACAGCGAGCUGGCGCACCACAUGCUCCGGGACAUACUGCAGGGUCGGAAGAAGGAGCUGCUGGCGCUCGAACAGGAAUUCCGGCACUCGGACGACCCGUCGUCGCCCGACAACAGCAUCAUGAACAACAACAACAACAUCAACAACAACAAAAACGACGUCAAGGACGUGGCCAUGCAGCAACAGGACUGCAUCGUGCCGAUGGACAUGGACAAAUCCGCCGAGACCGAGGUAAGCUCCGUCAAUAACGUAAAUAACGACGCGGACGACUUGAACGACUGUAGCGAUUCCGAAAGGUCGCUGGGUUCCCCGGUGUCCGACACCAAAGAACAGGCCGAUGAACAGACCAAGGAUUCCGAGGGCCGAGUAGAACAGAUCGAAUUAAAAAAGGCUAGGGUCGAGAAUAUCGUGUCCACCAUGCGGUCCAGCCCGUCGUUGCCAGUCCAGGUGAACGGCUGCAAAAAACGCAAGCUGUACCACCCGCAACAGCACGACAACAGCGAGCGGUAUAAUAGCGCGCACGAAGCCGACGAGGACGACGACGAUGACGAUGAAAAGCUCAGCCCCAACGAGCUCAGACAAAAAAUGGUAGAAAAAGACGUUUUGAAAAAUCAACUGCGCACUAUGCAAGAGCAGUUGGCCGAGAUGCAACAGAAAUACGUGCAGUUGUGCACCAGAAUGGACCACGACGAAGAACCCGAAGACGUUAGCGACGGAGAACAGGAACCGGAAAUGGCCGACGAACCCGUGGCCCCCAAAUCCGUUACCCCGCCGCCACAGAUCAGCUCAAACUUUUCGAAAAUGGUAAAAUUCUUACCGCAAACCUCACACAUGCCUAUGCACCCGUCGUUCAACGGCGCCCUUUCGUUACUCCAGCACCAAGUGCUCCAGGAACAGCACAACAACCACAGCCAACAUCAUGCCAUCAACAACGCGGCCGCUAUGUACUUGGGGGUCAGCCACAAGUUGUUCAUGGAACAAGAGGCCAGACUGGCCAAAGAAGCUGCUAUGGUCGCUGAACAACAACAUCAACAGCAGCAACAACAACAACAACAACAACAACAACAACAGCAACAACAACAGCAACAACAACAACAGUUGCAACAGCAACAUCAACAACUCCAACAAACACAAAAUAAUAUUCAACAACAACACAUGAUCCAUCCACAAAAACCAAUAGAAUCGCUGGAGAAACCCAUUCAAAACAGACAGACACCGUUGGCCGCUCCGUUCCCCGACCUGGAACUGUUGGCAGACGCUUUGAAAUCCGAAAUCUCGACUACCCUUACCGGACUUAUCGACACUAUUAUGUCCAAAUUCGCUCAACAGAGGAAACAGUCGAAACAAACGGACGCGGACAAGGACAUGGACAGAAAAUCGCCCAGAACCAAAGUGAUUGAUCGCGGUAGCCACAACGACCGGAAUUCCGGUUUGGUCAACGGCAUGCCGCCAAAGAUGACCGGUGGUUACCCGGGCGGUAACGGGCUGUCCAACGGUCCAGAAAUGCGAAACGGGUUGGUGAACGCGACUUGUUACAACGGUACCGGUUCGGAGAACAGCAUGGGCCACAUCAGGGCGCCACCACAGAUGUUCCCGCCUAAAAUGCACGGUUCCGCAGGCCUGAGCAACGCGGCCGCCGCCGCUGCUCUGUACUCGUCAAUGAGCGGGUUGCCGUCGCACCUGAACCCGUUUUGCGUUAAACCCGAACCGGCGCCGGAACAGAAUGAGGCGCUCAGCUUGGUGGUUAUGCCCAAGAAGAAACGCCAUAAGGUCACCGACACCAGAAUCACACCGCGUACAGUCAGCCGGAUAUUGGCACAAGACUCCAUGAGCUCGAUGGACUCCAGGGUGCCGUCCAACGGCGCGUCCAUGCCCACGUCCGACUCGCCGCCGCCGACGCAGCGUUCUUUCAUCCAAACCCAGCAACAGCAGCAGCAACAACAACAGUCGCAGGCGCUGCCGCCACCGCCGCCGCCCAUGAUGUUGCCUGUGUCACUGCCCACGUCCGUGGCCAUCCCUAAUCCCAGCCUGCACGAGUCCCAAGUGUUCAGCCCGUACAGCCCGUUCUACACCAGCCAGCAUCAAGGACCGCACCACAUACCGUCGUCAAGCCCACCGGGCAUGUCCGACUCGCCGCCGCCCCAACACCACCACAGCUCGCUACUGCAUCCGGCCCUGUUGGCCGCCGCCCAACACCACAACUCGACGCCCGACAUGAUGAACAUGAAAGCCCGUAUGGACAUGUCCAUGAGCAACGGCGGCAACGACAGCGUCGAUCGGAUUUCCGAAUGCAAUUCCGGUGAUGGACCCUACGACGGCAUGUCGCCUAUAUCGUCUACUCUGACACCAAUGCACCUGCGAAAAGCCAAGCUCAUGUUCUUCUGGGUGCGGUACCCGAGCUCGGCCAUCCUCAAGAUGUACUUCCCUGACAUCAAGUUCAACAAGAACAACACCGCACAACUAGUCAAGUGGUUCUCCAACUUCAGGGAAUUCUAUUACAUCCAAAUGGAAAAGUACGCUCGACAAGCCGUCAGCGAGGGCUUGCAGAGGUCCGAAGACAUACACGUCAGCAAGGACAGCGAAAUCUACAGGGUUCUCAAUCUGCACUACAACCGUAACAAUCACAUCGAGGCUCCUGGCAAUUUCGAGUAUGUGGUCCAACAGACGUUACGCGAGUUCUUCGUGGCCAUCCAAAACGGCAAAGACACGGAACAGUCGUGGAAAAAAUGCAUCUACAAAGUAAUUUCUCGUAUGGACGACACCGUACCGGAAUACUUUAGGUCUCCUAACUUCCUGGAACAGCUCGAGUAAACUUACAAAUAAAUAAAUUAUCAAUAUUAUUAUAAUUAUUUAUAAUAAUGUCGCGUCUGUAAACUGUAAACGUUUUAUUUAUCUAUUUAUUUAUUUAUCUACAUUAUAUAUUGUUUUUUUUUAUUUGAAAAAAAAAAUAGUCGCCAGAGGCUUGUUUUUUUUUUUGUAUCGGGUUAUUAUUAAAUUUUACGCGUUGUUGUGUACAGUAAUUUUCAAAGACAAAUUUUAUAACAUUCGUGUUUUUUAGUUCGGUUUAUAUCGAAUAAUUUUAUAAACUGGAGUGGUCUCUUUUGUACAAAGGAAAAAAAACAAUACCUAUUGUA